CUCCCAGUGAUGCUACCUCCGUACGUCUCGGUGUCGGACUAUGGUCUGAUCGCCCCUUCCAUGCCCUCCUUGCUGUCGGAGCCGCAAAAGAUCGGCUUCGGAAACCAAGCUACGGGUCGUGUCCAUAAAACCCCUGGUGCCAAGAAACGCGCUCUCAGGAACACCGUGACUACGCGUCGAGAUUCAUCCGAUUCCGACUACAUGUCCUCGUCCUCUUCGAUCUCGGCCUCCAAAUCCCGGGGUGGUAAUAACAGCGGCCAUAACAAGUACCGCAAGGACGGUGCUGGGGAACAUCAGUGUCCAUUCGAGAACUGUACUUACCGAUAUAACCUCCGACGAGAGCUGAACCGGCACCGAAACGUACAUGUGUAUGCAGGCAAGGACAAGUAUCGGUGCAUGAACUGCAACAGUGGGUUGUGCCGGUUGGAUUCGGUGAAGAGACAUAUGGAGGCCAAGGGCAAGGUCGAGUGUUUGCGUAAGGGCUUGUAUCAGGAGUUUAAGGAGAAUGGAGAAUUGGUACGGGUGAGGAAAUGUAAACCGAGCUGGUAUGAGGCAGCGGCGGCGAACGCGGCCGCCGCCGCAGCCUCUGCAACUGCUGUUCGGUCGGGGUCGUAGAAGCGGCAGCUAUCUUUUGCCUCG